UUGAGUUAUAUUUAGUGUAAAUAAUAUUUCAAAAAUGGUUGUUACUUGAAAUUUUUCUGGCUUUAAACUGUUAUAAUUUGAUAACAAUUCCAAUAAUAACAAUUAUUGACGAAACUGUUAUAAUUUACUCAAAAUUCCUAUGUCUGUGAUUUGUGUAUACGCUAAGCACAAAAACUGCGCAAAGUUGGUCUAAGAGGUGCACACAGUUCCAUUGACGAUAUAAAAAUGUCUGCGAUGCAAGUGAAGAUUUUGCCCGCCUUGGAGGAUAAUUACAUGUAUUUGAUAAUCGAUCGUGCGACACGCGAAGCGGCUAUUGUCGAUCCCGUAGACGCCGAAUCGGUCAUUUUAAAUGUACAGAAAGAGGAAGUCAAUUUAACCAAAGUUCUAACCACUCAUCAUCACUGGGAUCACGCCGGUGGCAAUGAAAAGCUAGUCAAGAUGUUCCGCGCACCGCUGCAGGUAUUUGGCGGUGAUGACCGCAUUGGUGCGCUAAAUGUGAAAGUGACGCAGGAUGACACCUUCAACAUUGGUUCUCUAACUGUACGUUGCUUGUUUACGCCCUGUCACACCUCUGGGCACAUCUGUUACUAUAUAGAAGCGCCCAAUGGUGAUCGUGUCGUCUUCACUGGUGACACAUUGUUUCAAGGUGGCUGUGGACGUUUCUUCGAGGGCACCCCUGAUCAAAUGUAUACUGCGCUUUGUGUCAAAUUAGCAUCCUUACCGGAUGAAACUAAAGUUUUCUGUGGUCAUGAGUACACUUUGCAAAACAUGGCCUUCGCGCGACAUGUUGAGCCUAAAAAUAACGCCAUAUUGCGUCGCAUCGAGUGGGCAAGAUUACAGCGGGCUGCGCAAACGCCUACAGUGCCUUCUACCAUUGGUGAAGAGAAAAUGUGGAAUCCAUUUAUGCGCGUCCACGAGACAUCUGUACAACAGCAUGCCGGAGAAAAAGAUCCAAUCAGAACAAUGCGGAGCUUGCGCAAGGAAAAGGACAAUUUCAAGGCUUAAAUAAGCAAUUUCAGCAAUUAUUAAUGCAAAUGAAUGAAUAUUUCUAAUGGGGUCUUGGUGAACAAUAUUUGGAAGCAAUUAUUUCAAAAGUUAGAAGGAAUUUAAUUUCAUAUUUAAAAUUGAUUUUUAUUUUUUCAGUAAAGUUUACAUAUUUCUGUCAAAAAAGUUAGAACAAUUCUUGUGAUAUAUUAACGCUACAAUAAAGUUAUUAAGUGUACAAUAACGA